AUGGAAAAUACUGCAAAAGCUCACCACUCAGCCACAAUGCCAUUGCUCCCAAUUUCAAACAACCCUUCAAACCCCAUUCUAUCCCAUUCGAUCACGUCACGCUGCGUUGCGAAAUUAGUGCUUGUCCACCGCUCUUUAUUACUUGCAUUAGGUACAUUCACAUUGCUAUGUGUGUUCAUGUACACAUCCAUAAUUUCAGAAUCUCCCAAAAUCCGAAUUGACUCGCUUUUUGUGUCCAAGCUUAACGUCUCAAACACAUCAUUUGGGGUAAAUUGGGACGUGGCCUUCACAAUAGAGAACCCUAAUCUUGUUUCGUGGGUUCAAUUCAAGAGCAUAGAAGGUUCCAUUUCAUAUGAAGAUAAUCCCCUCUCGAAAUUCCCUGUUGGUCAAUUUGAAUUGGGACUGCAGGAACAUAAAAGGUUGCGGGUGAAGUUUUCUACAACUGUGUCACACGAAGGUCGGUCGGGGCUGUUUGAAGAGAUCAAAAGGCAACAAGAACAUGGUGCUAUGAAUUUUAACAUGCAUUUGUUUGCAUGGGCUACGUAUAGUAAUGGUUGGUGGGGAACACAAGAUGUUACGAUGGAGGCUCAGUGUUUGAAUUUAAGAGUUGGCUUCUUACCUAAAGUUGGGUUUGGUAGCUGGAUUAGCGGAGGGCCAAUGACUUGCUCGACUGGUUCGUACGCUAGUUGA